AUGGGGCAGCUCCAGGGCAAGGCGGCGUACCUGAAGGCCACGACCCCCUUCUUGAACGCCUCGGAGCGGGACGUGAACAAGCUCUGGGAGUGCUUCAACGACGUGGCCGAGGGCUUUGGCCUCAAACAGGACGAGCUGGUGGAGAUCUGCCGCUCCAUGCAGCAGACGCUCGAGAUCCACGCGCGCAGCGAGAUGGACCAACUCAGCGCCGCGCUCUUCACGGCGCUGGACACGGACGAGAACGGACUGGUGGACGCUCUCGAGUUUUUGGGCACGAUGGCCAUGAUGUCCGCCAUGCCAGUCCCACAGAAGCUCACGUUCGUGUACAAUUGCUACGACUUUAACGAGACGGGCCAGUUGUCGCUGGACGAGCUCACGCUGGCCUUCAAAUCCACGUUGACGGGACUGUGCAAGCUAUGUGUAGGCGUGGCGUGUCCGACGGAGCUCGUACUAGAAGACUUGGCGCAGUACGCCUUCCAGAAGGCGCAAAAGCCGGGGGUGGACGAGCUCUUAUCGCUACCAGAAUUCUUGCGCUUUGCGGAGACGACGCCCGAGGUGACCUCGUGGGUUGACUACUUCGACUGCCCUGCUGAGUACGUGGACGAACAGGACGGCGAUGACAGCGACGCAGAGCGUGAGGCAGCGGCAGGGCUUUUGGCGCCUUCAGCACUGGACGAUGAUGCCACUGCUAGAAAGAGAGACGCGAGUCUUCCGCAUGACGCAACAGCUCCGGACUUCACGACGGACAAAAUGCUGACACGGUGUCCUUGGCAGCUCGCAGUGGUUAAUGCGACACCCAGCGCGCCUCCCACGAUUGAUCCGCGACUGCCAGCAGCUAGUCUUGAGCUCGAGUGGGUCUAUGGCUUUAACAGCGACCUGCGCAACAUCGUGCACUACGUCUCUCCUGCCGAGGCAGCUUACCCUGCAGGCAGCGUCGUUGUUGUCUACGAUACCGUGGCACACCGACAACGAUUUGCAUGUCACCACUCGGGCCUUGUUCAAACUCUGGCUGUUCACCCUACGGAUCGCCGCGUGAUUGCAACAGGUGAAGCCGCUCUGCUACCGAAAAUCGUGGUUUGGUCGACGCAGACGCUGAGCGAGAGUGGAGCUGGUGGCGGCGGCGGGGUGCUCAGCGUUAUUCGCGGCUUCCAUCGUCGUGGUGUGUCCCAUUUGGCGUGGAUGCCAAACGGUCGAGCUCUCGUCACCAUCGGCCAAGAUGAAUUCCAUUGCGUCGCUGUUUAUCAGUGGGAGAAGGCCGCAGCUCCAGUUGAUGGAGGAGCAAGUAGCGGCGAGGCCGCAGACUGGAGCAAACCUGCAGAGCUCAUUUUCGCAGGCCGUGGAGGUCGAGAGCCCGUGCACGCGCUGACUGUGCUGAAUGGACCGUCGGGACAAUCUCAAUUCGUGACAGGCGGACGGCGUCAUUUAUACUUCUGGACUCGUGAACGCGAUGCACGGUACGCAACUCCCCAUGCUCUCUUCGCUCGACUACCUGGAGUCUUAGGACGCAAGGCAAAAGUGCAGACUAUCCUGAGCCUAGCAGCUCUACCGGGCGAUGCCCAGGGCAGCGGAGCCAUUGCAGGCACUGCGCGCGGUCAAAUGUUGUUGUUCGAAGGCCGAAACUGUGUACGCGUGCUAUACGCUCAUGCGGCUGCAGCGACAACUCUGUUUGCCUUCAGUGGUGGAGUUCUCAGCGGUGGCAAAGACGGUAAAGUGCGCAUUUGGAGUCGGAGGCUGGAACCUGGCGCUCAAUUCGACUUGGUGGCACUGGGUAGCUCUGCUCCCCGGGUCCGCAGUCUCGUAGCUUCUCCUGAUGGCGGCGCAAAACUGCUAAUCGCUACUGCAGGUGCCGAGAUUUUUGAGAUCGCGUCAAGUGACGGCUCCAAUCUGCACUUUGGUCCUGUAGUCUGCGGACACUCGGCGUUCCAGCUUCACGGGCUCGCUGUGCAUCCACUACGGCGCGAAUGCUGCUCGGUGGGGGACGAUCGCACCGUGCGUGUGUGGGACCUCUCUGCCCACCGCCAACUACGCGUUGCCGCACUUGAUGCUCCCGCUCGAGCCUGUGCGUACUCACCUGAUGGGUCAAGUAUUGCUGUGGGCCAAGGCGUUGAUGAGGAGGAAGACGAGACCCCGACAGUGACAGAUCCAGAUUUAUUGGCGUGGCGUCGGCGACAGCAACCCAAGUUGGUGAAUCCUAACAAACAAGGGGCCUUCGCAGUGCUGACGGAGUCUUCGCUUGCCGUGAAAUUCGAGGCCAAGGACUCAAAGAGACCAAUUCGAACAAUGCGCUUCUCCGGAGACGGGCUCACUCUGGCUGUGGGGCCGAGCGACAACUGCAUCUACUCGUACCACACCGAAGACUGGGCGUCCAAGGGUAAGUGUCGUGCUCGGGAUGCCGGAGUUAUCCUCAACACUUUCGACUUCUCGACGACUGGCGAGUACAUCAUGGCCAACGCCCAGAACCGCGGCGAGAUGGUGUUUUUUGAAAGCUCCUCGGGCGUUGAAAUCACACGCGUAGCCACAUUGAAGGACGUCGAGUGGCUGUCGUGUUCGUGUCCGUACGGAUGGGGUGUUCAAGGAGCUUGGCCGACUCGAAAGAUGCAGGCGUACGAAAUCUCGGCGGUAGAUCGCUCUCCAGGUGCAGAGAACCCGAUGCUCGUCUCGGGUGACACGCUCGGUUCCUUGCGGCUUUUCCGGUAUCCAUGCGUGAACCCCGAGGCGAUGUGUCAAGUUGCACGGGGUGCCGCUAGUACCAUUUCCACCGUGCGCUUUACCGCUGAUGGAAACUACGUUGUGGCUAGUGCACGGGACGAGCGGUGCAUUUUUCAAUGGCGCGUUGAGCGUGAAGAAAUGGAUGUCGAUGGAGGAAUGGCAGGCAAUGGGGACGGUGACGAUGUAGCUGCUACGUCUGAUGAUGAGCGAGAGACUAGUCACGGAGGAGAGCGUUCUCCGUUUGACGAGGCUGUGGGUAUCGGCGAUUUCGCGCUUGAGCUGUUGGCAGAAAGACUGCAGGAUCCGACGAUCAACCAGGAAGAUGAGGAAGUUCCGACCGAAGGAGACCCACCAAAGUCCAGCUCUACACCACCCACUGCUUCAGCCCCUCCUCCAUCUAAGCCGUGGGCCAGUAGUAGCGUUCCGCCUUCGGAGGCUCCAGAUGACGGUGACUUGGAGCUCUCAACUGUGCCUAGUGACAGCCUCGAACUCGAGUGGGUCUACGGAUAUCGCUGUCACGAUGUCCGCAACAACCUUUUCCUGACACGUGCCAAGGGCUUAAUGGUCUACCCUGCAGCAAACGUCGUGGUGAUACUGGACAGCAAGCUCUGGCUGCAGCGCCACUUCAAACAGCACACGGACGAGGUCACGAGCCUAGCAAUUCACUUCGGCCAAAGCGGUAAACCGAGCAACGCUGCGCUGGAGGUUGCAGCAUCAGGACAAAUGGGGCGUCUUCCAGUCAUCCAUGUUUGGCGCAUCGACUCGCUCGAAGUACUGGCAUCUCUACGCGGAUUCCAUCGUCAUGGUAUUGCCGAGCUGCGGUUUAAUUCGGCGGGGAACCUGCUGGCGAGUGUUGGGCUGGAUGAUCGCAAUUCACUGGCGCUUUACGACUGGCGAAGUGGCACACUGUUGGCACAUGCAAGCACGACGUCCGUAGGCCGCAUUCUUGGCGUGAGUUUUCAGCAGGAGGCUGCUACUAAGAGCGCUGCACCAGCAUCUGAUGACUCAAUCGCGCCCGGAGAAGCACCGGUAGUCCCCGUCGUGAUCGUGACUGUGGGCGUCAAGUCGGCCUCUUUUUGGCGUCUCGCAGCAGGCCAGACUCUUGUCAAGAAAGACGCUCUACUCGGACGCAAAGGUCGACAAGGAGGCUCGCCUCCUUCUUUCCUGAGCGUCAUGUGCUGCGGCAAGGACGCCAUUGCAGGUACAGUCAGCGGGGAUUUGUAUCGCUUCAAGGGUACCGAGCUCUCCAGUAUCGUACCAGCUCAUACGCGAGGAGUGGCAGCCUUAUACUGUUCCUCAUCAGCCUCAGGAGGGAUUGCUAGUGGCGGACAAGACGGCCUCGUCAAGCUUUGGAGUGCUGACUUGGAGUGUCUAGCCGAGUUUGGGGAGUUUAACGCGGCGCACCACGCAAUUCGCAGUGUUUUUUGGGACUCAGCACGCGAGAUGCUGCUCGUUGGCACGCGAGGCAGCAGCAUCCACCUCCUUUCGUCGCUUGAUGGUGCGCCGGUGGGUAUGAAAACACCAGACGGCACCCCCGUGACAUCGUUGGAGACCCAUGCACGAGGUGAGCUGCAUGGACUGAGUGUGUGCUACUCCAAGUCGCGAGGCUGCACCACCGGUGACGACGGUGUACUUCGCAUUUGGGACUUGGCUCAUCACAUCGUGGUGAUCACCAGCAAACUCGACACUAGUAGCCGCGCCUGUGCGUACUCCCCGGAUGGGGAUUUCGUUGCUGUGGGCUUGGGGAGCGGAGGAACUGGAAGGCGACACAAGAAAGACGGCAGCAUGCUGGUGUUUGAAGACCGUGGACAGAGCGUGGAGCUCGUGUACGAGACUCGCGAUACAAAGCAGUCGGUGACGGUUCUCCGCUUCUCUCCUGACGGUCAAUCGCUCGUCUGCGGGGCGUUGGAUGGCUCUGUGUAUAUCUACGACGUGCCCAGCAACUACACCAAGCGAGCCGUUUUCUCCAAGCACAAGGCCCCAGUCACGCACCUUGACCUGGCGAGCGACUCGCAAUAUGUUCGCAGUAAUUGUCGAGGCUUUGAGCUGUACUUUGCGGAUGUCACCACCGGCUCGCACGUGGCCAGCGCCACAGCGCUUCGCAACCACAUCUGGGACACCUGCAGCACCAUCUACAACUGGUCCAACCAAGGGGUUUGGCCGGUGGCCCCAACAGGACUUGGUGACGCUGUGAAGCGGGAGAUCACUUGCUGCGCCUGCUCGUUGCCCGGCGCCCCUUACCAAGGAAGCAAUGCCAUUCUCGCAGCGGGGAACUCUCAUGGAGCAAUUAGCAUAUUCAAGUAUCCGAGUUUCGUUCAGGGGGCUGGUGCGAAGACCUACUAUGGACACAGCGGUGCUGUCGCUCAAUUGGGCUUCUCGGGAGCUGGUGGGGCAAUUUGCCUCAGUAUCGGUCGCUCGGACCGCUGCAUGCUUCAGUGGCGACGGCUUUAUGGAGCUGGAGGUAGUGCUGACGUCCCAUCUAAUGGAAAUGCUAGCAUAGUGAAGGAUCCUGAGGACGACGCCGACUUGGAGGCUGAAGGACGUUUCCUGCCCGAGGCGUUCGUCAACGAUGGUGGAGGCGCUCAAAGCGAGGUGAAACCAUUCGUAAGCGCCAUGCUGCCUCCAUCAGGUGACGUGCAGGAGCCCAGUGAAGCGGAUGGAGUCGCUGGUCAACGAUCAUUUGAGCUAGAGCACGUUUUCGGCUUGCGGUCGCACGAUGCCCGCCAGAACGCCGUGUACGCUCGGCCGAAGCGGAUCGUUUAUCCGACGGGGUGUGUCGGUGUGAGUUACGACCGACGUGAGCACCGACAGCAGUUCUACACGGGACAUACGCGACCGAUAUUGUGUGCUGCUGCAUCCCCUUGUGGAGCUUUUGUUGCGUCAGGAGAAAUUUGCGCCCAGAACUUUGCGCAUGAGCGGCCACGCGUCCACGUCUGGGAGCCGGCUACUUGCACGCGGGUGGUGGAGCUCAGCGCCUUUCACAGUAAAGCUGUGACCGCUCUAUCCUUCAGCUCCCCCGAUGGGAAACUCCUCGCUGCUGUGGGUCAGGAUGAAUUCCACUCGUUAGCUGUGUAUCGGUCGGCAUCGGGACGCUGGUUUGACGGCGCGUUGUUUGCGAGCUCCCGCACAACUCGCCACGCCGUGUUCUUUGUCUGCUUCAUCGAGGACCCGCAGAGUGCAGGGGGCUGUCGAUUGGUCUCAGGAGGCGACGACCACGUUUUAUUCUGGAAAAUUGCUCCACCAGCUCUCACCGCUCGGGACGGCAUCUUUGGUGCUCGCGCGCAGCGCCAACCCAUGCUGUGCGGUGCCUCGAUGGGCGACCUCGUGGUGACAGGCUGCACUUCAGGUCAUCUCUACGUCUGGGAGGCUUGUGCUGUGUCAAGGGUGAUUCCAGCGCACACAGGUAGCGUCUACGCCAUCCAUGCGACGCCCUCAGGGUGUGCCACAGGAGGACGCGAUGGUCAUGUCAAGCUCUGGGCUCGCACGACGUUGACGCCUCUGGCCGACUUCGAUGUGUCUGGGCUGAAACCAGCACCACAGGAUGCUGCCGUGCGCUCGCUGUGCUGGGAUGUGGCUGAAGAUCGCUUGCUGCUUGGGACAAAAGGAGCCGAACUGAUCGAGUUGUCUCGCCUCACUGGAGACUCGAUCCUCGUGUCCGAGAGUCAUUAUGACCGCAGUGUUCAGCUACAGGGACUUGCUGUUCACCCACUGCGACCCGAGCUGGUAGUUUCGGCCGGCGGAGACCACACUGUGCGUCUGUGGCAUCUAGAGAAGCGCUGCGUGAUCACGAAGACAGCGUUGGAUGGCGCUCUGCAGAGUGUGGCGUACUCCCCGGACGGCAAAUGGUUGGCCGUGGGCUUUGGAGGAUCCUCAGCGGCCAGCAAAAACAGUCACAAGGACGGCGCGUUUGCCGUGCUCGAUGGACAGACGCUCGAGUUGCUACAUGAAGGUCGAGACAGCAAGCUGAGCGCGUUGGACGUGACUUUCUCGCCGGAUCUGACGUUGCUCGCGCUGGUGUCGGCCGAUCACUGCGUGUACUUCUACUCGACGCUCGACGACUUCUCGCUGCGCUUCAAGUUCUCCAAGCCGAGCGGCCGAGCCACUCGACUCGACUUCGCUGCCGACAGCAGCAUGGCUCGAGUGUCGACUGACGCCUUCGAGCUGCUGUUCGUGAGCACGAUGGACGGCAGCCACAUCACGUCAGCCGCCAGUGCCGCGGACACCACAUGGGCAACACACAAGUGCCUCUUUGCGUGGGCUGCCCAAGGCGUCUGGGACAUCGCGGGGAAGCCUGACGACCACGUCCACGCCCUGGCGAAGGCGAACACACAGGAGAUGCUGGCCGCGGCCACUAACCAAGGAGAGAUUCGCGUCUACAACACGCCAUGUCUUUCGAGACACUCGGAGCAGCACAAACUGCAUGGCCACAGCCUGCACGUGGCCAACGUGGCCUUCACGUGUGACGACUCGCGACUCGUUUCCAUCGGCGGCAAUGACAAGAGUCUGUUCGUGUGGAAAAUUAGCAAGAAGAGGACGUGA